UGAAUCCUGCCUCAGUGGGGUCGAUCAGAUAAAAGAUCGUAACCCCGGAUGGGCCGUACGAGUUGUACACGAGUGGUUGUACGAAUUACACCCCGCUCAGUACUCGAGCAGCCGAGUGAUUCCUCAGUGUAUCGUGUACAACCCGCCUAGGAGCAGUGCUUGGCAGCACCACCUGAGCUGUACGCAUGAGGGACCAGUCCUCUCCACGUUGGCGCCAUAGUGUGGCCUACUGCCACCAAUGCUCCAAGUGCGUUUCACUAAAGAUGGUUCUUUCGUUCACCGCUUGUAAGCACUCGUGAGAAACAGCUCAUGUUACGAGAAAUGUUCCAUUGGAUCGGGGUUGAAGACCGCAAUCCACAGUAUUCUUUGUAUGGCAUAAUUGUUCAUUCAGGUUCUUCUCAAGACUCAGGACAUUAUUAUGCGUAUGUGAAGGAUUCAUCAGGGAAAUGGUGGCGAUGUGAUGACAGCUGCACAAGCAUUGUGAAUGCAGAUACAGUGUUGUCGGAGAGAGCAUAUAUUUUGUUUUAUGCCCGACGAAACCCAAGGCCAGCGAGUGAUGUCCCAAAUUCUUGUCAAUCACCAUCACUGCCUGCCUCACGUCCUUCUUCUGAUUUGAACGGGGACAUGUUAGUAAAGAGACCCGUGAACAAGAAAUUGCCAGUCAAUGGGAUUCUGAAACCAACUCGAGGGCCAGCCUCCCUGUCUGCCUUUUCUGCACAAGUGACAAAAACUCCUGUGAAGACUGGAGAUCACAGACCUACACCUGGUGAAGACCAAGUUGUACCACAUGUACCUUCUGUCUCUGGUAGCUGUAUUAGUAAAGCUUCAAAAUUUAAGAGUGGGAUUGGUAGCAGUGUCUCUCACAGUAUUGCCCAGGAAAAUGGUCCGCAGUGGGCACCCCGUACUUUUGGGAAUGGGGCGAAAGCACCCUGGGAGAGUGCACAAGUUGCUGUUGGGGGGCAGCCGCAAACAACUGUAAAUGACAAUUGUAGGAGUCAUCAAUGUGAGCCAGUAUUUUCUCGGGGGAGAAGACAUCUAGCUGAAGGGUUGCAGGCGAUGCCAGACAGAUUGGGGAGUGAUUCUGGAAGCGCUUGCCGCGAUGGAGUUGUGCUACGUCUGCAGCCCUCAAAUGGUGCUGGUGGUUCUGAAGGAGCAGAGCAAUGUGUCGCCUGGGCACAGAAUGGCUGCAAAGUUUCGAGAAAAGAAGAGGGUAGCGAUUUGCCCGUGUCCUCGAGAAGGUUGGAAGCGUGUCAUUCAAUGCUAGCGACAGUUCCUGGAGUGGAGGAGUGUGGCUUACGAGAUGGAGGAAGUAGAGAAGAUAGGGAUGGCAGCCAGGUCUGCGGACCAGGGUCACAUCAUCCUAUGAGGGAGAAGGACUGUUUAUUGCACCCUUCUGUGAAGGCGGGCACCAGAGAAGGGGCUGGAAGUGCUGUGCUAGGUGGGGGGACUACUCGUCUGAAGCGUGGACAAUCUGAAUCAGAAACAAACCAGCAGAAGAGAUUGCAUACAGACAAUACAGUUGUUCCUUCCUAUGGCGAGAGGUUCACCGAGAGCGUGUCUCCAGCAAGGGGAGAGGUUGAGGAGCAGUGUGCCAUGCCCGUGAAAGAGUCUGCGGCCAUUCCAAGACUGGUUGCCGAUGACCUGCGUUUCGCGUUGGAAAGGGAUGCAAAGCAACAGCUUCGGAGGAGCCCCUGGUGUGAAACACUGAGGCAGGCAUUGCGGACGGCCAGGGCACUGCACGAAGGCGAUGAAUUGGCAGUCAAGGAUCUGCCUGUGAUGGUGAUACCGGGGGUCUACGGUCUUGGCUCAGGGAGACCAAAAAUGCUCUUCCAGUCGCCUGUUCCCAUGAUCGCGACCGUCUUAUGCGAUAAGAGAGGGAGACCGAAAUACUCAGGCUCAGGGGUUCCCUUCAUCUGCCAGUCGCCUGUUCCCGAUCGGCAAACCAUCUUCAUUGUCAGAGGAAACCUCUGGGUAUUUUGACAUGCCGGCAAAAGCUUAGACCGAUAUACCGGAGCUUGUGAUAGAGGCGGAAUUUGGAAAGUGAUCCCAGGGCAAGCAAGAGAAUGAGGAGGCGGCUGAGCAGCGAGCAGCAGCUUGAGGGUGGAAAUUGUCCUUUGCUCUUUCAGACUGCUGCAGCGUUGCUUCCAUUGGGAGUGAGUUGACUCAGUUUCAAUCUCAGGUCCGUUCGCGAGCUGGAAAUUGGACGACACCGUUAAACGAACUCAGUCCCUUACCUCGUUGCCGAACUCGGUUUCAAAGUCAGGGCAUACUCACAUCAGGACUUUUUCGACUCGGCUCGGGACGUAAUGGCGGUCAGAUACGUCCACACCCGGCCUCAAUCGCGGUCAGAUUCAUCUGGGGAAGUCCUAGUGUGAGUGUGCCCUCAGAUUCAAUUGGGAGUUUAUAUUUGUUGGGCUGAUUGAUCAUCAACGAAUUUUGAUGCCACUUGGUACAGGGCCUCGCUCCACUACUCGACAUUCUACAUGCAUUUGGACGAUUCUCGACCAGGUGCAUUAGGACAACUCCAACAUUUUGAAUGUAUCGGGACUAUUAUGAGCUCCCGAUAUAUAUAGAGUGUUUUCUAGUGGGGUGAGGCCGGGCAGUCUACGAUGUACGUGUAUAUGAAGCAUUCCUCUCACCCAUCUCUUCAGAGAAAAUAUUAUCGAGUUUUGGUAUUUGGUAUCGAGGUCUGGCCCUUUUGGGGUCUUGCCCGUUUGGCCUUGUGCGUGCAGGAAGAGGCGGUACAACGUGUGAGUUGUCCUUUGUGCCAGUCGUGGUAAUGUAAACAGGGUUCCGUCACAGUGUUCCCGUCUCCGUUUUCGUCUUGUGAUAACGUAAACAGGGUUCCCGCCUCCGUUUUCCUCCCUCACUUCUCUUUUCUUUUCUAAUCAGCUCCCACCUCUCUUUCAUGUCUAUGUGAGGGGUGGAGGGAGAUGCAUAAGGGAAAGUAAAAGAAAUCCUAGUUUAUGCAAUGGCUGUGAGACAUGUUGAGGAAGAAGGCAUAGGUUGCUACGGUGGGAGCGAAGGUUAGGGUUAGGGAGGGGACGGGGACGGGGACGGGGACGGGGAGGGAGGAGACCAAUGCUCAGCACAGCAUUGAAGAUGCUCCUCGUCAACGGGUGCGAAGCUACUGAUAGGCGCACACGUGCAAUGGCUGUGAGACAUGUUGAGGAAGUCAUAGGUUGGUACAGCGGGAGGGAAGGUCGGGGAGGGGACGGGGACGGGGACGGGGAAGGAGGAGACCAAUGCUGAGCGCAUCAUUGUACGUGCUCCUUGCCAACAGGUGGGAAGCUACUGUUAGCAGCAUGCACAAAAUGGAGGCAACAAGUGUACAUAUGGUACCUGAACAGCUGUUCGGGAUGCAAUGUGAAAGUGUGUGACUAAUGGUAGACCGAAAAAACUUCAGGGGAAGCUUUCACAAUGACUGCCUGCAUUUGCAUGGUGGAAACCCUGGAAAGGGCAAGGAGAGCGAUGCUGAGUAUCAGCAACGUAGAGUUGAGGGAGAGUUGCUGUGGUCAAGAGGAAACUGGUGAUGGGGAACCGACAUAUUUGAGGGAGAGUUGCUGUGUUUGAGAGGAGAUUGGUGAUCGGGACUACAUCUAAGGGCACCCAGGGUGGAUGGCGGAGGGAACGUAGUGUGCAUUGGGUUCUUGAGAGGGCUGAAGUACCAAAUCAUUUCUUGUGUUGUUGAGAUUGGAGAACGAAUAAUUGCUUGUUUUCCUGAUCGGUACUUUCUGAAAAUGGUUUUCCAAGUUCAGAGUCUUUCGAUCAGUAUUGCUCCGGUGGAAUUUUUUGCGUCCCUAAAUUGAAAAUUCAUGGGUUACAAAUUAUUUUUUAAUAUUUUUAUUGCUGCCACUUUUCAAGACUCGUUCCUUGGCAACAUGGAUCGAACGGAGAGAGAAUCAGAGACCGACUGUCUGCUACCACUUUUUUGGUGUCUGUUUCUUUUUUUUUACGCAGUGUAUUCGAGGGCUUUUAUAAACUGCCAUUCCUGAGUCGCUUGAAUUUUGUCAAAGUUCAAACAAAUUGUUAAACGAACAAGCAGUCCUUUGAUACAAAUCAAAACGCUGAGAAAUC